AUGCCGACCAACUUUGGUGAUUUGAGUUUGAGUCGUAAUCAAAAGUCGUCAGCUAUGGUGAAACCUCCAGGUAGAACUUUGUUGGAACGUGCGGAUUUGCAUUUGGACACGCAGGAUGUGAAGCGAUGUAAGAUAUCAACACCCACAGGGUCGUGCACAAUGAAUCUUACUGCAACGGAGAUGAGGGUGCAGGUCUUCCGUCUUACCCAACGUAUGAUGCAAGCAGAGUCUGAAGGGCGCACAGAAGACGCUCGUUCGUUGCAGGGUUUAAUUCGUACGUCUAAAUAG